AGAUUUAUAAUUGCUAUGAACUUAAGCAUCAAGCCAUGGUGGGUUGUUUGGGGCUAACUACCCCAAAUUUGAGUUUGGCUGAAAAAAUUAUUUUUUAUAAAAAUAAAAAACUUAGUCUAUCAUGGAAACUUUAGAAAUUCGGUGCCCUUGCCCAUCUCACAAAAGCUCUAUUUUUACAUCUGACAUUCAAAAACGUGGCUUAGAUGUUUGGUAGCAAAAACAGUUGUUUAAAUAUGGGGUCAUUACUACUUUAUCAGAAAUUCUUCGAACGAAAUUUGUGUGAGAUAACUUCUUAUAUACAAUCCAUCUUGUUUAUAGCACUUCUGUUUACAGUACAGGAAGCUAAUAUCCUGUUAAGAUCUUAACAAGUAUUGACGUACAUUAUCAAGUAUUGACGGAAAGCCAACGUAUCAUUAGCGUGAUCGUUGGCAAAUAUCAAGACUUGAUAUUUGCUUAUUGAUAAUUCAUGCUAGUAUUAUCUAUUAAAAAGUAAAUACUAUCUUUAUGUACACUCACUUUAAACACACGCAACCUGUCAUUGAAAAAAGUAUCAUAAAUGUUUAUGUUAUCGUAAUAAGCUUUUAUGUUUUCGUAGCUAUGGUUGCAAAAGCUUCUAACACCCAAGCUUGUAAACUAUAAAAAAUUCACUUUAAGCAACAAGCUGUAUAUUUGCUUUUUUACUCAUUUGGCUAAAUGUUGAUUUACACAAAAUAACUACGAAACAGCUAAUAAACACCAAGUUGUAACAGUUUUACUAAGGAUAAAUGUAUUCCAUACAAUUAUCUAAUGUUGGGAGUAUAUAAUGUGCAAAGUCGACACGAGCAAGUAAGUUCGGCUUGUGUAGUUUUAGCUUUAAAUGCUUUGUUUUAAAUCUAAUAGAAAAGAGUUCCAAAAUAUAUUACCUCUGAAGGAUUUCGAUCCACAACAGGGUAUAUAUUUUCAAUCUUGUGCUUUCGGACCCUUAUUCUGACGUCUUAUACUAUGAGGACUGUCGAAUCAAAAAACCUUUAGCAUGUAGUGAAAUGUUAGCUUUUUCAAAGCCAUUUUCAAGUUUUGUACCACCAAAAAUUGUUCAAAUGCUUUGCUCAUAAAUCCUGAUUCAAGUUACGUACAGUCUUAUGCAUUUCAGUUAUUAGUUGUUGGAUAUUCUUUUGAUGUAUCAUAACCUUCUUUGGUUUUGAAUAUAAAUUUCAAAAGAUUGAUUCAAAAUCUUGGCAAGCUACGCUAAGUGCCCUUUCACAGGUAUUUCCAUCAGGUGUAUCGUUGUUUCUGUUGCAGUACAGGCGUAGAGAAGGGCAAUACUAAAGGUAGCUAAGUGAAAUGGUUUUAUGGUUUGAAAAAGUAAAGGAUUAUAAGUAAUUUUGUAUAAUCAUCAUCAUAUUUGUAUUUCCAAUCAAUGACAGUGAUGAAAAGCAAGGGUCUCUUUAUAUCUAUCGAUCUUAUCAAUCAAGGAAAGUUUUUUGUAUUAACGUUUUUGUAAUGGACGACAUAUAUGUUGGGUUUUUGUCUCUCCCGAUGAAUUAAAGAUGAAAACACUGCUAUUCAUAUUAUUUGUAUUUUGCAGACUGCUCAACACUAGGUUUGUGCUCUACGUAGCUUUGUGAAUGCCUUUUUUGAAGAACUAUUAGUGUUAAUGGCAAUUAAAGUGCUUGGGUGUAGGGAAGGGAAGCUGCAACCCCAUAAUCGGGCAAAAUAUAUCGCAUUUCACGUUCGAUUCGGGAAAAUUCCAUCUCGAUAAAGCAAUAAUUUUCGGGCAAGACCCAUUCUAGCCCUCCCCCCUACCCAAAAAACCAGGUUAUAUCCGCUACGCCGAUGUACAGGUGAAGAAAGAGUUCUGCUGGCUGUGUGAAACGUGGUCGUUGUUGAUUUAUGCCAGAUAAUUUGUUCCAGACUCGAUGUUAAAGAUAAGACUAACACCGGAGACGGGCUUAAUCGUAACAUCACAACAGAAUGCAAGGCAAGAACAGGUUCUUGUCUCAAAAGCAUGAAUGACUUAUCUUUGCUUUAUUGUGAUUAGCUUCCAGCAUUUUAUCGGAUAACAUCUUUUGAACUGUGAAGUUCGCGACGAGGAGGUUUUGUUUUCUUCCUUUUUUUCGUUCAAUUCAAACCACAUUUUCAAGCUUGUGGUCAUUUUUCAUUUAUAUCUUGUUCUUAAACAUGGUAAUAAUAACAGAUCUUGCUUCGAACUUUCAACUAAGAAAUGCUUUACCUAGUGCUAUAGAAAACAAAUAAGUGACUUCUCGGAUCGUAGCAAUAUUGUCAAUGAUACUUUCAAAUGUUCUUAUAAAAAAGAGUGUAUUACAAAAGAGAAAGUUGACUAUGGCGAAUCAUGACCAACAAAAAAAAUUAUAGGCUGAAAUUUGGUCAAACUUCCUAAUUAAUGCUAAGGCUCCCGCUAUAUGACCAACUUUCCUGAAGUUUGCAGACAUUGGGGGGGGGGGGGGGGGGGGGUUGACACACCCAGGCCCCACCCCCAACCCGCACACAUCCCUGCUGCCUAGCACCGGAGCUGUCUUGGUAGCCGGACAGUAGCAAAAGCCUUGUACUUAACAUUAGGAAAUUGCCCCGUUUAUAAAGUACUUUCGGAUAAAGCGUACCUUCUUUUCGACCCUUCUAACGAGCUGUAAAACAAGCUUUCAGCUCAGCACCCGAGCUGGCUCAGUUCAGCAAACCGGGCGGUCUCAGAUGCUGAUCUGACAAGUAUGCUGUGAAGUAGCAUGACUACAGUACUUUGAAUAUUUGUCUAUGGUGCCAGCCUCUCUGUGACGUAACAUGCAUGAAUUUUUGUAGAUCACUGCAGCUUGUCUCUCCCUUCCUCUGGAACAGUUAGACAACAGAGAAAUUUAAGUUUGAAUUUUAGUUGAACGCACACAAAAGAAAGCAUAAGGAAGUGAUAGAACUAAUGAGUCAAGCAUUUGACUCAUAAAAUUGUUACAUAAGAUUGAACAACGCGUUACAUAAAAUAUUCACAAGUAAAGCAAUAUGUGAAUCCUCUUAAGAAACCAAAAGGGCCUCUACAAAACUUAAUUUCUUAGCAAAGCCUUAUCGCAACCAGACUGUUUUUAAAAGAUUAGGUCUUAGGUAAAACUGCAUGGGAAUAUAUAAAUAUAUCGUUUUUAGUUUAAACAUGUUGCCGUCUGUCCUCUUCGUUGAAAUAAUCGACUUCUCACAUUUGGGCUUGUAGUCUAUAUAGCGAUUUAGUGCACGUUUUCCAAUUUGUUGUGCUUUUAUAUUAACAAAUGAAAGCUUCCAGAAAGACUUGGCUGGUGAAAAACACGAUGCUAAACUAAGUUUUUUGGUUUCUCUAUUUUCUUUGUAUUUCCCUAGAUUUCUCUAGAUUUCUCUGUAGAUUUCUUUUGAUCACGUAAUAUUUCACUUAACAAGUUUCACCUAGUUGUUUUAGUUUUUCAUUCUUCAAUCCUCUCUUCAUUAAUCUCCGAGUAUCCAGCUGAGUCUCCUUACAUGAUUCUGCAUAGGACGUUUGCGAUAUUAUAAUAGAGGAUACUAUAAAAUUUUAAGCGAUGAGAUGCGAUGACAAAAAUGAGCGAGAUGUUGCAAAGAAAUGCACAGAAAGGAUGGAUUCUUAUGAAUUCGUUCUUUUUAUCAUUAUUUGGGAACGAAUAGCAAUCUCGUGAAUUGCAGUCCCCAAAAAUUGACUUAACUGCUGCAUCUCUUCAUUGAUAUGUUGCUCUAUUUCAGAGCUUGUUGUGCUACGCCAGUCCUGGGACUCUGUAAAGCAAACAGCGUUUGAUUUAGCUAGCGCUUGGCACACAGUAGUUGAUUUCAAGCCAAAAACUAGAAGUAGAAGGUCCGUUAUUGGAGCAUUUGAGGACAAUAUUUUCAAUACCCCAGAGCAAAAAUUCAAAAUCAAUGUGUUUCUUAGUCAAUGUAAUUCAAAAUCAAGUGUCGUUACUGCUUUGAUGCAGCUUAAAGAAAGGUUUUGUGGCCAGGAUCUGGUUACUUCAACGUUCGAUAUUUUAUUCCCAAACCCUCUAGCUAGAGCCACCAACGAAGACAUCUCCAAACCAUCAAACAACUUGCUGAGCCUGUAUCCCGAAGAUUUUACAGAGGACUUGGAAUCAGAGCUACGGGCAUUUGCUAACGAGCUUCGCGUGGAAAUAAAAGGGAAAUUGACAUCUGUAGACUUGGCUGAUUUGAUGUUGGAAAGUCGAGUCAGCCCUUCAUUUCCACAAGUCUUCAAAGCUUUUUUUUCGCCACAUUCCUGUCACUGUAGCUACUGCUCAGAGAUCUUUUUCGAAUCUCAAAUUGAAUGUCUUGGAAAAGUUUCAUUGUUAAAGGGCCUCCAAGCAAAAUAUUCAUAAGGGCCCCAAACUGCUCCGUUACACCACUGCUUCAAGGUGCUGAUAGUCAUUAGAGAUUGCAGUCCACUCUUCGCAUACUUCAUCUUUGAGAAGAGACUUUCGCAAAGAUAAGUACUUCCAAACAUGCAACACAUCUUCUUGGCAUGCUGCACCAGACCUGGAUAUGAAUCUUCAUCCUGGAGAUACUCUUAUAAAACUGUACUCUCCUCUGCAGAAAUUAUUGGGGAGGGAGAUUGGGAGGGAAAAGGAGAUAGGAUAAAAGGAACUGCGGAAUAACAGAAAAAGUAGAGGAGCUACGAUGGAGAAGAAGCCUCCGCCCUUCCCCUUCUAUUCUCUGCAGGUUCGCCAUUUCUCAAUAUCCAUCUCCCUCCCAAAUAGCCUCUAUGGAGGAGAGAAAUAAAACUUGAUGAUAUCAGUGUCCUUGUAUUUAAGUUCCAAUUCACUGGUACUCUGCAGCUAUGAACUCCAUUCAAAUAUUUGCAGAGGCCAUCUCAACUUUGACUUCAAAUGGCGAAGCAAAUAGCUUGAAGCUUUUGCGUUGACACUGCCUGUUUUGAGAUCGACCAUUAAACUGCAUGCGAAGAUCCCCAAUGAACGAUGCAUCAAGGCCACAUCAACAGGCUGCUGUUCCUGCAAAGUUGGAAAGUGAUCCAAGUUCCCUUGAUCCAGCUGAGUAUUCCAAAGACGUAGCAUACGCCGGAACGUGACAACAUGUUCAUACAUGACAUUCACAAAUUGAUAACGGCCUCGAAGCUUCGUGUUCAGCUUGAUCGAGUGACCAGUAGUGUCAACGAGGAAUGCUAGCACAGACAAGAUGCUAGGAUCAUUGAAUCCGGACCAACACUCGUGCAUUGGGUCGUUUUAACAACAGAUUAACAGGGGCCUUCCGGGAAACAUAAAAUAUUUUGCGGGCCAUUAUACCGUAUAACAUUAUUUGAUGCCUAGAAUCUGUUUGGGUUAUAAUUUGAAGAGAAUCGAUUCUCUAAUUCACUUGAUUUUAUGAUUCAAAGUACAGAGUUUACUUCUUUCAUCAAAAUCUGAACCUAAGUAUUUUGAAAGGCGACAGUUACCUUAGGGGCUUGUCAAUCAAAUGUUGGCUUUACGCUGAUUGGCCAAUUUGAUUGACAUAUGGCUUGGGCCACUUGAAUGUCUGUCAAUCAUCUUUCAUGACUCUAACUGACAUUAUUUUAACUUACAUAUCGAUAAAGAAAGACUUGUGUCUUAUCUGUUCAAUCAUUAUUCACAAUACGAAGUAGUUAAUUCACCAGUGUAAUCUAAAUUUGACAAGAAAAUGUCAAUGGAGAGGUAAAAGCAUAUUUUCGUACGUACGUACGAACAAUGUACAUUACAGGUAUACAUUAUCUGGCUUCAGCUGUUAGGCAAGUUGUUAGAGAAUUGGUACCAUCUCAUCGUUAUUAGUUUCCUAAAGAUUGCUUGUGGGAAGAGCGUCGCAUCCGCUUAUGAAUUUGUCCAACAUAUGUACUCUGGAAAGUUUCAGUCGAAAAGUGCUUUAGUAUGUUAUGCUUCCGCUUUAUUGUCCUAUUUUGACAACAAGAUCUGUCAAGAAGAAUAGACAAAAAAAGAUGGACUGGAAAAAAUAACAGACUGGACACACCUGCAAUGAUUACCUAGAGAUCGUCUACAUAGUAGAACUUGGGAAGAUUUCUUGGUUACAUAUCCUGCAAAAUUUCAGCAAAAAAACGCUAAAAAGUUAAUUCAAGGAGAAGCUACACAUUUUGCAUACUGAAAGUCUUCAUAUUUAAUAGGCAAUCCAUUUACUUAAUUCAUACUUAUAUUUAUACUUGAGCAAAUGAAUGAGAAAGUGUUUUGAAUUAUCAUUUGAAUUACAUAAUGACCAAGUCAUAUUUAACAGUGAUAUGUUUUCUAGGCCUUUUCUCUUGUAUACUGUAGUCUGACUGUAAAGAACGUGCUUAGAAAGUACCGAUCAUAAUCGCAAAAUUGCAUGUGACUUUAACGUAGUACUAACCGACCUCUGUCAAUCUUUGAUUAAGGUAAUUCAGCAUUUUAAUCCUAUAUUAUUGUAAAAACACAAGAGAACAUCAUGACUUAAUGCGACCUACGUCUGAUGAACCUAAUUAGCAACACAGCGCUAGACAGUGCACGUGGCAUGGAACCUCUGAUUCACAAUGGAAAGUGCUGGAUUGUUCUCACACUUGCUCCACGUCAUUUAAUUGAGAAAUGCUCGAUCGAAAAGAAAUUCAAUUAAACUUUACAUCUAAAGCUCGUAAUAUCAAUCGUUGUUUCUAGGAGUAUUAAUAUCCUUACCAGAAACUUAUCACCAGCUUUAUUAAUAUUUUAAGGAGCACAACAGUAGCUCAACCCAUCAGCUGAUAAGAUUUCAGCUGCUUCUUUUGUGAAUGGACUGCAAUAAAUCCCGCGCACUUUGUCUGCAGUAACCUGCAGCUCUGUGAGAUUAAACAUCUUUAACUGACAAGCAAGGAAUUUUAAUUUCACUACAUUACUUCUUUCAAAGAGUCAUUAAUCCUUUUCCUACACUAAGAAUCCAAAACAAUCUCUAUGUAGCGAUUCAACAAAAACCAACAGGCUUGAAUCAUUGUGAAGUCAAGAAGUCGUUACAUCUCCGUAGCACUACUUUAUAUAUUCAGGGGCGUAGGCAAAGAAGAGGUGCGGGGUGUUUUACCUCUUAAUCUUUGGGUUUGUUGGCAUAUACAAACAAAUGCCUAGAUUCUUAAGUUUAUUACCUAUGUCUAUAAUUUUCUAAACUUUGAAGAUAUACGAACAGUCAUGAACAAAUUAAUACGUAUCACAUACUUCAUUGCCACCAAAAAAUAGUCUGUAUUUUCUAAAUUUGCUCGAGAUUUAACUGGAAGAAGUUGAACUACGUAAUACUAUGCCAACAGCCAAACUUGAGGACGCCAUUUUUGUCGGUAAAUCUGCAGAUUUCCAUCACUAUAGCAAGUUCUUUUAGCUUCACCCCAGUGAUCAUAAAAUUUAGAGGAAUGAAAUAUUAUUAUUCAAUACUCUCCUCUCGUUACUAGCUAUAAUAGAUUAUUUCUUCAUUCGAACUUCAUUUUCUCUGCAGCUCCUUAAUCUUUUCAUUGAUUUUCUGUCUCUGCUUUAGAUACGCUUAAUUUUACUUGGAAUUUGAAGUUUUCAAAAUUGUCCUAUCACUGUAAUAGAAAAUAGAGUUUUUAAGUGUGACGUUUUUUAGUGCUUCUAAAUUUUAAAUUUUCAAUAUGCUGAAUCAGUUAAAUAUGCCAAUUAUGUGGUGAGUUAUGGCAAAUGAAAGAUGAAGUUUGCUAAGAAAUUACUGUUAUUUUGACUCUAUUCAUAAAGAAUAGAGGAAAGAGCCAGUGCUCUUGUGGCCAUAUUUCCGCCGAUCCGUAACACGUUUAACUUAUUUUGCAUAUGCAGAGAUGUUUUGAGGAGUUCUCUUGUGUUAUGAGAUUGAAAUUUUAAAAUUUCAAAAAUAUAUUUCUAUGACGUCAUCACUAUUAUAGAAUUAGAUUUUUAUCUACAAUGCCUGCCAAAACGUUUGGAAACCCUAGCGUUAGUUUUUAAGGGCCAAUUUAGACAUUCUUUCCCCCUUUGAAUUAUGUUGGUUCACAACAAGAUUGAAAAUGUUGUUCGGAUUGCAAAUAACUUCCAAGUAUCCGUGUACAAAAAUGAGGGCUUGAUGUAUGGGAAUAACGAUCAAGAUGGCACGGUGGACAGAUUCAUUAUCAGUUGAUCUUACUGUAUGCUCGUUUACAAGUUCAAGUUAAUUUUGUCAGAAAAGCAGGAGAUUAAAGUUUAUGCAUACACACAAAUACAUAUUUCACUGUGUCUUUCUUUGUUAUUUUAAAUAAUGAUUCUUUCUUUUAAUAAUUCUUAAUAAUAAUUGCGCACAUCUCAUAUAUCAAUGUGCUGAAGAUGAUGCAAGUUAUUACUAUAUCAUCUGCGAACGCUUUACACAUGAAAGCCUUGUGACAAAUAUCACACGGGCACUGUUUUGAGUUGUAUGUUAAUUGAAGUGUCUGUUGAUACAGUUUAUCCUGCAGUUUAUACGAGUGUUUGCGAACGGUUGAAAACUUGCAAAGUUGUGUAUACAUAAAAUGGCGGUUUAGGGCUCAGUCUUUUCAACAUCAUCUUCGCAAUUUAGAAGAGGCUUUUCUUUUAUAAAGCCAAUUCCUAAAAAUCCCUAUCAUAAAAAGGCUUCACCCAGCAGAAAAGAACCUUCAAUUUUCCUUUCUCAUAACCUUUCAAUUGCUUUACCAUACUUGCUUUAUCAAUAUUUAUCUUCAUAGUUGAUCUUAUGAAAGUUAUAUUGGAUAUAUUUUUCGAAACAAUUGCAAGCAAGAUACAGCGGACAAUGUUUUAUCAGAAUUAGCAACAUGAAGUAUGAGGUCCAAGAAAACACGAAUGACGUAUCAACAUGCUAGUGCACGAGGUUGUCAAUACAUCGGCGGCCACCGACAAACAUCAUCGACCAAAGUCAACCCUCACACUCUGUUCCUCUAAAAGCGAGCAGUCAAUUGUGUCUACCCCUAUCACGUCUAGAAGGGGAUCAACCACAAUCAAUCAUACAACCAGCAACCGCCUGAUCAUAAUUAUCAGUGGCAAGCGAUAUGAAACAUUAGAAUGCACGCUAUCAGCAUAUCCUGAAACAUUGCUAGGUAAUCCGGCAAAGCGGAAGGAAUAUUACGAUCCGUAUUCGAACACAUUUUAUUUUUGCCGAGAUCCAAUUUGCUUUGAUGCUAUUUUGUUUUAUUAUCAAUCAAGAGGGAUACUGGCCCGGCCAAGAGACAUACCUCGUGAUGUUUUCGAGAAGGAAGUGCAAUUCUUUGGCAUUUCUGCAACAUUUGAUAAAAGGCACCAGUUCGAGCAGAACUUGCAAAAAGAAAGACAGCUAGAACCUCCGAUGCCUCGGCAUUACCUUCGUAGAACACUAUGGGAAUGGUUUGAAUAUCCAGGCUCAAGUCUUUUUGCAUCUGUGCUGGGAAUCUUCAGUAUAGCAAUGAUAUUAGUAUCAGUGAUAGCGCUAUGUGCCGAGACCGUCCCAGAAUUCAAGCGCAGUAUAACAGAAAUAAGUGUCAAUAAAACAAUUGGAAAUUCAACUAGACUUGUCAUACACUCUGUUUACGACCAAGACCAUUGGUUUAUAUUCGAGGUAGUCUGCAUUGUCUGGUUUACCUUCGAAUAUACUAUCAGACUUUUGUCAGCACCAAAUGUUUUCCGGUUCCUGUUUUCGGGCCUAGGCCUAGUAGAUUUGAUAUCGAUUUCACCUUUCUACAUAACACUGAUUAUUCGUGAACGGGCGACAGGGCGAAAUCUUGCAAAUACACUCGGUGUUAUACGAAUUCUACGUCUGCUUCGAAUCAUACGAGUAUUUAAAUUGACGAGGUAUAACGAAGGCUUGAGAGUCUUGCUGACGACAAUAUACGAAAGCUCUGUCCAUCUGAAAUCAAUAUUGCUUGUGAUAAUCAUAAUGGGUAUCUUUUUUGCAACAGUAGUUUUCUACGCGGAGACGUUUGUUCCUGUAAAAACAAAAGCUGUUUUUUCAAGUAUCCCAGACACAUUUUGGUACAGCAUAAUAACUAUGACUACAGUUGGAUAUGGAGAUGUCUAUCCCCAAACGGAAGGCGGACGAUUCUUGGGGGCAUUUUGUGGAAUCUUUGGUGUUCUUUUGUUCUGUUUGCCGUCACCUGUUCUGGUUAACAAAUUCAUAGAAUGCUACUAUUUACGACAAGAAAUACUUGAGAACGAAAGUCCUGAGAGGAAAAAAUUUGUAGAAAGUAUGAAAGAAAUAUACUUCAAGGGAAGCAAGUGAACGAACUUUAAACUUGAAAUGAAACCGGAAUUUUGAAGUUGGAAGUCGAAACCGGAACAGUUCAAAGAUCUUUAAUUAACAGCUGCUAAUCAUCUUAUUGACGGUUCUUUAUUCAUUUUUAGAGAGCAGUAGACCUGUUUAUGUCGCACUCUUAAAUUUUCCUUUUAUAUUUUCCUUUCAACCCAACAAUAUUUAAACGCCUCUUAAGCCUAAAAUGCUAUGAAACUUAUAAUCUCUCAGCUUAUCUCCUUAGUAUACCUAAAAACUCUUAUUUCUGAAUCUCUACGCAGUAACUGUAGACAUCAGGAGCGAGCACAAUAAUUGAAAUUUCCAAACUACCUAGCAAUCUUUCCUCCGUGUCAUACUUUAACAUUUCUUGUUAAUAGUAACCUUGUACUUAUUCACGCUCAGUGACUCUUCAAAUAAGCUUGAAAUAUUAAUUUAUGCAAGGUUGCAACAAUCGGAUGGGAUGUCCCAGGGGGUCUCAGGUAAAUAUUUAUAAAGAAGGGUCAUUUGUUUUGAAGUAACAAAACUUCAACGAUGUGGUAAAUUAAGGAUGGUCUCAUCUUCUUAUCCAAGGUGGCCUAGAUCGCUUGUUGCACUACUGCAUUUAUAGAAGUCUAGAUCAAAUUUAGCUCAUAUACAAAAACAAAACAACAGAUAACUAAUAUGAGACUUUGACUGAGCAAACCAUCAAUGGGUUAAAACAUUUUGGUUAAAGUGAAUGGUUAGUUAAAUGUGGAGACCUCCAAGCGUUACUGUCUGUGACGAAAACGGAAUUGAUAAUUAUCCAGUAAAAUUAGGUUAGUUUGAUUUCAUUUAUCCUGCCCUUUGAUCAAUAAACUCAAAUUUUGUACUUUAAAACUUCAAAUCGAUAAUAGAAGUAAGAAAGCGGGUUUACAACCCUCUGUUGACUCCCUUGACUAUGUUAUUAGGUUUUAAGUUUCCCCACCAGUUUGGUUAAUUCUAUUCUGUAUAAAAUAAUAUAAACAAACUUUCUUUGCGAAUCUGGUAUGCAUAAAAGCAUUUUUCUAUUCAAAUAUUCUAUGUCAGUUUUCUAAAUCUUAUUUCUAAGAUUAAAAAUUGUAAAUAGAUAGUGCUCAUUUUGAGCUCCAAAAUUAGUGGAAUGUUAAACAACGUCUGCGAGUCAUAAUUUUCUCUCUUUAAUGAAGUUAUGAUGCACAAAAUGUUAUCUAAAAU